GGGUGAUAGACGGUACUGGGUUCUUGACGGUGUCCUAAUACCCCAAUGAGAGCUCAUGAGACCGACCCUCUUUGUGCUUUUCCGACGCGUCAAAAAUGAAGGAUCCUGCCUCCUUUUGAUAAAAAAGCUGUAGCCCCUCCCAAUUACAUAAGUCAACGAACUCUAUUAGGUUUCCUGUCCAUAUCAGCCAAGUUAGACAAGUUUUUCAGCAUCCAGAGUUGUUUCUAUAUGAUAUUUUCGGCGUUUAGCUGAUCUGUCGUGCUUAGCCUAUCCUCCCUGCACUUCUUUGAGCCACGACUUCCGGGCUAGUAAACAAAUUGUUAUCAUCAAGUGAGAGCUAGUCUUAGCAUAACAUAAGCCUUCGAAGACAGUCGCGGUCACUCUUGACACUUGACAACUGCAGGGCAGUUCUUCACUUCAACGAAUUGAGAAUCAUAUAACUGAACUGAAUUUGAAGUUGUUGCGUGAUACGACUGUCUAGACUCUCCCAGAAAAGCUUGAGCUAUCAAAAGUUGGGGUUCCAGGAGACACUUCGAAGACAUUAUCAGCCCCACUAACUAUACACUUGACAGCUUCGAAUGCUCCUCUUGCGAGAUAAAGCACGCUAAAACUAUCUGAAAAGCAUGAAUCGAUAGAUUUACAAUUUUUCUUCGAAAUAGUGUUAAUUUUGUUCAGUGGAGAGUUGUCGGCGCUUUCCCUGUCUUGACCUGAUCGACUCAGCAACCAUACAUGGUGCCUCAUGCCUCCACCAAACCACGCAUCCUGGUCCUGUCCACAAUUUUAACAUAGAAAACAACAUAUCCUCUCCUUACGAAUUCGCGCCUCUGCUCUCUAUGUACAUAUUUUCUCUUGGCAUUCGAAACCAGACAACUACCUAUAUUUGUUUAUGCACCGCCAGAUUCUUUGGUCGAUGACAUAUGUUCAUGGAGAUCAACGUCGCGUCUACUCUUCUCGCUCCCUACAGACUCUCCAUAAUCCACAAGUGGAAUUUGAGAGCCGUUCCAUCGACCUAGAAUCUAAUUUCCGCGCAGCCAAUCUCUUCGGUCAACAACAUCAACACGCACAGCAUUGAUCUCUCUCCCUUCAACGCCACAGCUUGUGGGCACCUCUCUCCUCUGAGGGAAAUCAUCUUGCGCAUUCUAUCUGGUAUCUUCCGCCGGUCCGUCGCGUUGUUCGUCGUUCGUUCUGCUCUCAGGAGGACCAAGACACCUCUAACCACUGUUAGAAUACCGCAAUCAACUUGAAUAAAUCCGUAUUAUGGCUCCUCAAGGACCAGUCACGCCAUCAAAGGCUGCCAAAAUCCCUGAAAUUAUGAUCACUGCUGCCACCCCAAGUGCUGCUAUACCAUCUCCGGUCGUUGCUACAGGUCCGAGUCUCGCUCGUUCUACCACUCGCUUCAACAUUGCAGCUGCAUUAGCCGAAGCCUCUUCUGAUCCUUUCAAGGACGAUGUCGAUACUCCCUCCUCGUCCGAUCCAGCUAAACCAUCCCGGCCCACGACAUCCCCUCCCGACACCUCCGCCCACGCCCCCAACACCACAGACCACCUUUACUCCUCAUAUAAGCCUUACUACAUGGACAAAAAUCCGAUCAGAAUGCACACCCUCGCCGACUUUGUCGUAUCUAGGAAUCCCUUCCAUCUCAAAGUCCAGAACGAGAACACCGGCCAGGAGAAACUCGAUAUCACCCCAGGCGAGAUUCGAAUUCUAGCGCAAUGCUAUGGGGAGAGUAUAGUUUGGACGAUGAAAGUUGAGGAGGUGUAUUGUGAGAGGUGUCUUGAGGAGGUUAGAGCGAGGAAUGAGAAGGAUUACAGGACAUACGUCAACGAGUUCCUUGACAAGAACCCCGACAUCCUGCGGGCUUACCUCCGGCUUCGUGGGAGACAUAAUCCGGGUCCUUGCACGCAUAACAAUGGGAUCGCUCAGCUCAUGUCCCAAGUCGGCACCGAAGACAGCACCCGCAUCAAAUCCAUCCUCCUCACCAGCUCCCAAUCCAACACCUUCCAAAACGCCGACAAAGUCGCCUCCGCAAUCGGCAUCAUCAUCCAAUCCUUCCCCAACAUCCAACACGCGACUAUCAAGCUCCCUUCCUCGUUCGAACCAUCCGACCAAGAAACGGAUGAGAGCCACGAAGAUCAGGAGAUUCUCAUCGCAGACGGAGUCGCCGUCAAGCUCGCGCGAGCGUUUGCUUUGCUGGAGAAGCAGUUGCCGGAGGAGGAAAGGCUGGUUGUGAUGGGUUUGGAGAGGCAGCCUGUGCUUAGGGAGAGGUGGAGGGCUGUUAGGAGAGGGUGGUGGGAUAGGAGGGCUGCGUUUGGACGGAUGGUUUUGGGAUGAUUUCGGGACUUUUUGGACAGGACUUUGGGAUGGGAUGGGGUUUUGAAGAUUGAAGUUCGUAGGUUAUGAGAUGUGAAAGGAGAAUACCAGAAUGUUAGGAUUUGAAUGUCUGACUUUGAGUUGUGACAUCGAGCCGACUUCGGUAUGCAAAUUUGCAGAAGCUACUUUCGUAUUUCACUUGCAGCCAAAAUGUCAAGGUAGAUUGGACUGGA